AUGGGUGGUUGCGAGGACCUGGUACAGCUCCAUAGCUGCUUCUUUGUGUUGAGGCCGGCGACUUCCAGUCCGAGCUCUUUGGGUGACGCUCAAGGGGCACCGCCGACUCGAAAGAUGAGCGAUAUGGAAGCAGGGGGUGGGGGGGUUGCCCCAGCUGUUCCGGUGCCGAAGGGAGGCGGCUCUAUUGAGAACCGAACGGGAACCACCGGGGGAAGCAUGUCUUCCAAGAUUGGGACAGGAGGCAACCACACCCUAUCCGUCAUGGACCUCUCGUACUCGGUCCAGAUCACCGACAAGGACACCAAGGAGAAGCAGACGAAGACCCUCCUCCACCCCGUGACCUUCAGCAUCAAGCCCACGGAAAUGCUGGCCAUCAUGGGCGCGUCAGGGGCCGGGAAGAGCACCCUUCUCGACGUCCUCGCGCAACGCGUUCCCUUCAGCGAGGUGGAGGGGAGCUACUUGCUGGACGGCCAGGCCAUUCAACCCAAGGAGUUCAAGCGCAUGUCGGGAUACGUGAUGCAGGACGACGCUCUGUACCCGUUGCUCACGGUGCGAGAGACCCUCCGCUUCGCCGCUGAGCUCCGCAUCCCCAACAUGACCAAGGCGGACAAGUAUGAGCUCGUGGAGGAGACAAUUCGGCAGCUCAAGCUCACCAACUGCGCUGACACCAAGAUCGGCAACGAGAUACACAGAGGCAUCUCUGGGGGGGAGAAGCGUCGGGUGUCGAUCGGUGUUGACACGGUGCAGCAGCCCACCAUCAUUUUCCUGGACGAGCCGACGUCGGGGCUAGACUCUACAACGGCGUUGACGAUUGCGGAGACGCUUUCCUCCGUCUGCAAGCGCAACCGCACGGUGGCAAUGACCAUCCACCAGCCUUCGACGAGGGUGCUAGAUGUGUUCGACAAGGUCAUGUUCCUCAGUCGCGGCAGGGUGGUCUACUUCGGGCGCCCGGCAGACUUGCCAGCCUACUGCACCGGCCUUGGCAAGACGCCUCCGGCGUACUCUAACAUUGGAGAGUUCUUCCUCGAGGUGGUGGACGAGUACGAGGCCGCCGACAACGUCAAGGCGUUGGCCGACCGCCACCAGGAGGCAGUACGCAUGCGAGCCCCCUCAACGGCUGGUGCAGAGGCGGACGCGCUGAAUGACACAGCUCACGACUUCGCCAACCCGAUGUUGAAAGAGAUCAUCAUUCUCCUCCGACGCCAGUGGAUCAACGUCGUGCGGACGCCGGAGCUCGCCGUCGUCCGCGUGGUGAUGUGCUCGGUCGUUGCCCUAGUGCUGGGGUCCUUGUUCUGGAUGACCGACGCUGACGCCAAGGGGUUUGGAGGCCGUGCGGCAUACUUCGCGUUCGCGUGUGCUCUGUUUCUCUUCACUUCUCUGGAGGCUCUGCCGAUCUUCAUGGAGGAGCGGUCCAUCUACACCCGCGAGCACAGCAGAGGGGCCUACCGCGUCAUGUCCUACCUGCUGUGCAACUUCCUCAUCUACCUCCCCGUGUGCCUGGUCAUGUCGGUGGCCUUCACCGCCAUCUCCUACUUCAUGAUCGACCUUCCUCCGGCUGGUUUUCCGUUCCAAAUCCUGGCCAUCUUCAUGACUCUGCUGGAGGGGAACGCUUUCGCGACCUUCGUUUCCGGUUCUGCCCCUGAUCCGCUUACGGGAAACGGGUUGGGCACGGCUCUGCUGGCUUUCAUGUUCCUGUUCAGCGGAUUCUUCAUCUCCUACGAUGACAUCCCAGACGGGUGGAAAUGGUUCAGCGCCUUGUCCAUGUUCAAGUACCCGUUCGAGGGCAUGAUCCGGAACAUGCUGGACGAGGAAAAGGAGCGCAGCGGGGCAUCGGAGGAAAUAGAAGCUUUUGCCGACGAAAGCAGCGUGUCGGACAUCGACAUAUGGGUCGUUGUUUAUGGUCCCUUGUGCUUUAUCGUAGGAUUCCGGUUCCUCUUCUACCUGGCCCUCGUCUUCAAGCACAGCGGAAACCGCAAGUAGACCGUACGAGCACCGAGCGACCGGGGGGAUAAAACUCGGGGGGUCAAACAAGGGAUUAGGUGUGACGCCUUUGAAGUCAUGCGGUUGUGAAAAGGUGUAUUUCUGUAGAUAAAGUUGUGCGCAUGAUGGGAGAUAUAUCAUGGGUCUCCAGUCUGGGAUGUUAUUGAUUGUUCCUGCGAGACACCCGUCCUUCAUUUGUCUCUGCUAUUUUCAUUUUCAUUUUCAUUCUGUGUUAUAGUGUGGUUUGUUUUCCGCUGAGGCGCUGAUUGGUUUGGCGAAGGGACCCGUUUGGAUUAGGUUUUCUUUCUCGAAACCCGAACGAACGUGGGUUGGAACUUGGGUAGUAGGGUUGGAACUUGGGUAGUAGGGCUGUCCCCUGUCCCCUCCUCCUUCGCUCUCUCCCUCCCUUUCUCUCGGCGGAAAAACGUUGACGCUUUACGUCGCUCGGGGUUAAGUUCGCCUUCCU